UUCCCGACUGCACUCGCUCACAAGCCCCUGGGUGACCCUCAGUUUGCGGAGUAUCAGGAUGGUCUUCUUUGCCUUGUAAUGUUGCGCUGGAAAAAAAAAUAAAAUAAAGGCGCUUACUCCGAGCUAGCCACCAUGACUUCUAGAGGCACGCCGAGCCGCUUUUUAAAGAGCGUCUUACAGAAUGGAGUCGGGCGGUACGUCUGCCAGAUCAAGCGGAUUUCCCUCGUCUUCUCUAAGGAUGCCCAGACUUCCCUCGGUGCCAGAGAGUUUAUUGAAGAUAAGGUGGUGGACUUUGCCAAGCAGAAUCCUGGGAUAGUGGUCUACGUGACUCCCCAGCGGUGCAGAAUUCCGAAAAUCAUCGCUGAAUACUUAAACGGCACUGUGAAAGAGGAGCCUAUUAAUAGCAAGACCUCGGAGGAGAUCACCCAGCUGAUUAAGAAGCUGUCCAGCCAGUCUGGGCUGGAGGUCAUCCGGAUCCGCAAACCCAUCCACACCGACAGUCCCAGCAUCCAGGGCCAGUGGCACCCCUUCACGAACCGGCCCCCCUCCCUCAGGGUGCACAGGGGGCAGCUCCCAAAUAACCAAACAGAGCCUCAGCCCACCACAAGCACCUGCUAAAUACAGAGCCAUUAACCAAGCAGGUCUUCAGACCAUCACAAACAACUGCUAAAUACAGACCCAUUGACCAAGGGCUUCAGACCAUCACAAACAACUGCUAAAUACAGACCCAUUGACCAAGCAGGGCUUCAGACCAUUACAAACAACUGCUAAAUACAGACCCAUUGACCAAGCCAAACUUUAGCCCACCACAAACACCUGCUAAAUACAGAGCCAUUAACCAAGCAGGGCUUCAGACCAUCACAAAAACCUGCUAAAUACAGAGCUAUUGACCAAGCAGAGCACCACAAACACCUGCUAAAUACAGAGCCAUUGACCAAGCAGAGCUUCAGAUCACAAACACCUGCUAAAUACAGAGCCAUUGACCAAGCAGAGCUUCAGAUCACAAACACCUGCUAAAUACAGAGCCAUUAACCAAGUAGCGCUUCAGUUCACCAGUUCAGUUCAUGAGAAAUACAGAGCCACGGGAUUCUUUUUCAUCAGUCAGUCAGUGCUGGGCAAUGUGACAUGUAUCUAAUGAUAUUUAAAUUGCACCAUAGGAGCUUUGCCAGUUGCUUGCUGAUUAAAAUGUAUUCUGAAUCCUAUUAAAAGAAUUCUCUUAUUCUCUUA